GGCAGUCACCUGAGCACUGGCAGAAGGUUGAGAAGUUGACGGCGCCGUCAGAUUUAAACGUGCGUGUGUCGGCCCAUAUGGACGUCCUUUUAUAAACAAUGCAAUAACUAAAUGACCUACAACAUGUUGCGUGCAUCCAUGUUUUGUACAAUCAAAGAGCUAUUAAUGUGAUUUAUUUAUGAACGUUUUUGCGGAUGCAAAUGGUAUCUACGUGUAAACAAUGCAAAUCGUAGUGAUAAAUCUUGAUUGUGGUAUCGCAUUAUGUGGAAAGUGUGGGAAGGCAUGUGUUGGGAUUACAGCCUGUUGUGUUGUGUAGUUUAAUCCAACUUGUGAUGCAGCUCUUUGAUGUUGUAAUUAUUUUUGAAGAACUAAUUAAUUUCGUACAUGGUGGUAUGCUGAUUAGGGAGUAGGUACCUGCCUUAUAGAGUUUACGAACAUAAAUGCUGCAGUGUCUCUCAAAAUGAACGAGUGGCGACGUUUUUGAGGUCAGAAAUUUUUAUCGCCGUCGCAGAAGUAUGUGACUACAAGCAAAAACCGCAAUGGAUAACAAUUUUUUGCAUUUUCGCUUCCGCACCGUUCGAUAAUGAAGCUCGAAAACAUGGACGUAGUAACUUCGAGCAACGAUUCCGAGAGCAUCACUCCGGAUGUAAAUUUGAUGAGUGACGAAUUCAAUUUUUCCCCUAUUUCCGAAGAAGCGAGGGAGAGCGGGGACGGCGACAGUGGAGCGGAAUCGAAAGAAAAUCCAGAGUUUGAUAAAACUCAUAAUAACUACCAUGCUAUCAAAGAUUCGCAGACGGAUGUCAUAAUAGACAGCCAGGAUCCGAAGAAAUUAAAAGACAAACGAGUAUCGAAAAUACCCGUCCGGCAAGUUAAACUCCCAUUUGUGUCGAAGGUGCCCCAGUCCAACGAAGACCUUGCCGGCCUAGCCACAGCUGACGAGUCAGGUGCAUUUGCCCAUAAAAAUGCAAAUUCGAAAUCACUGGCCAACUAUGAUAAUACGGUCCGGGAUUUGGCUGAGGUCUGUGAAAACGGAACUGCGGUUGGUGAAGAGGUAUCGGAACGCUAUAGAUUGCCAAUACUGGGAGGGUUAACAUCGAUCCGAUCGAACACCGAAGACGCAAAUGGAAUACAAACAGGAUUAAAUCCCUCGGAAGCUUUACUCGAACGACGUUUAAUUGAGCAGUCUUUUCAAGAUUUCAGGGAUAUCUUUAAGGACUUAUCGACGAACCACGACACUGGCGACGUCGGCAGUGCGUUCGGUUUCACGUCGUUGAGUCCGAGGGCACCGCUGGCUUCGGACGACUUGGACGUUCCCAUACUGGAAGCACCUGAGGAAUUUCGGUGCUUGGGCGAGGAAGUCGGUGGUGAACAGGUAGAUAUCGGUGAACCGGAAGACCGUCACACGGGGUCGUCCUACCGUGACUGCGAUAAUGCAUGUUCAACGGAAACCGGUGAUACGAACCGACGAGCAGUAGAAGAGGACGAAGGCGAUGCACGACAAAUUCGGACGGUGGAAGUAGGAAAAUCGGCAAGUUCGUGUGCUAGUCACGGCGCCAGCGACCACGCAUUGUCGGAGUGUAGCGGUGCGGUCGCAGCCCAACACAAUGUGGGUCCCUCUGCUCGUGCCGGAAUGAAGGGACCCGCCGGGAACGGACGGGACCCUCGCGCAUUUGAAGGCGCUGAGACAGACAUUGCUGGUACCGGCGAUGACCACACGUUGUUCAAGUGUAACGGUGUAAACAACGUCCAGGUUGACAGUCGCGCGAUUGGAGGUACUACUACAAACGUUGGCGGUACCACAAGCAGUGACCACGCAUUUUCCGAGUGUAGCGGUGCAGUCAUGACCCAACACAACGUGGGUCCGUCCAUCCGUGCCGGAAUGAGUGGAUCUAGUAGGAACGACGCAGUGUUCCGCGCGAAAGGAAAUGUUGGUACGACAAGAAAUGACUAUGAGGGUAGAUGUGCAGCCGCGACCCGCAACAACGCUGAUACAGGAUCCGGUGGAUCCAGCGGGAACGAAAAAAAAUCUCCCAAGACAAACGUCGCUGGUACGACAAACGAAGUCCUUGAAUCAGCCGAGUGUAGCGGUGCGGUGGCGGCUCAGCACGACGUGGGUGCCUCCGCUCGUGCCGGAAUGAAUGGACCCGAAGCGAAUGAACGGGACCGUCGCGUAAUUGAGGGUGCUAAGACAAACAUUGCUUCGAGUAGCAUUGGAAGCGUCGAGUGCGCGGGUGAAGGUGACGCAGAGAAUCUGCCCGGUUCACCGGAGAGCGGUUGCGAUGUGUGUGUACGUCGUCCGUGCGCGGACCAGCCGACGGGACCAUCGAUCGAAAUCGGCGUCGCAAAAUGCGCACAGGCGUCGGGGUGCAGUCGCGUUUCGACCGCCAAGGUCUGCGUCGCGCUCGAUCCAGGUCAACAAAAUUCCAUCUGUGCUGAUCCCAGAAGAACAAAGAACGGGACAGACUCCGCCGAUGGUGGUUCCAAGGCCCAAGCAAACUCGAAGUCCCGGCAAAACCUCGGCGCGUUCAGACUAAACGAAAGUGAAACCAGCGGCCAGCAUUCGUGCGAAAACAGCGACGUAAACAGUCCAGCCUCCGAACAUCUGAGCUGGAGGUUCAAAGACGGCCGCUUGGUGUUCGAUGAAAAUCAUGGUGUAAAUUCGGAAGCUGCUGAAACAAAUAGACGAGAAUCUGCUGAGGUCGGCGAGAAUGACAGCGACGAGCAGUCGGAUUCCCAAGACAACGACGAAAUAAAUAAAGUUCUUUACAGCAAACACCUCAAUAAGAGGAUAGAUGAGAAUAGGUCACGUCUCAAGUACCUAGAACAAAAACUGAAGGAGGCCGGAAUCACUGAUGAGGAGUCUUCGGAUGAGCUUGCGAAAAGCAAAAAUGUCGAUGUCGAUCACAAAAGUAAGAAGUGUAAGACCAUAGAACAGGUGGUCGAUAAAUCGUCAACAAUCCAGGACAAUAAGGGGCCGGAUUACGACGCUAAUCAGAAUAUCUUAAAGAAUCAAAAGUCUGUUAGCGCGACAGAAGGUAAAAGUGGAGAUAGCGAAAACGACGUUGAAAUACCGGAAGGAACUGAUACGGUAGAUUUUACAGCAGGAGAUUUCUGCGAGUUCGACGUGCGGCAGGUCGACACGUUCUCAGGAUUCAACGGUUACUGGGAGGUGUACGAUGAACUUGACGAUGAUAGUGACUGCGAAAAAGAACACCAUUUAAUUACCAGAGUAAACAUCGCCAACAACAUGGGGAUUGACGGCGAAAGAGCUAAGCAUAACCCGGACAGAGACAAUUUAAAGUCGUUACUUAAAAGACCGGGGAAGGGCAAAGAUAAGAGGAGCAACAGAGUGGUGUUUAACGAAAACAAAAACGAAUUUUUUGACGCCGAUUACAUUAUCUUGAUACGGGAAGAAUGCGACUACGACGACGAAGAUGAUGAUGGUGUCUGUACCUGCAAUCAGCAUGAAAUGGUGCGAUUGACGUGCUGUGAACCAAAUUGUAACUGUAAUGUGUACGAUGGUUACGAUCAAACACCGCAGAGUCCCAAAUUUGCACCUCCGUUGGAGUUUGUCGAUGCGGUGACUUUGAGUCCGCCGGAAGGAUACAAAGAUAUGGAACUGGAAGAGCAGCAACUGUUGGCUUUGCAACAGAUCGCCAGGCGAGGACAACGGACGGCUGUCUGCAGAGAGUGCAGUGUUGCUCACGACGACGUCGAGGAUGAAGGUGACGGAUCACAGUCUGAUAACGAAACUUGCGGCGAAAUUAAUUCCGAUCACGAAGAACAAGAAGAGAAGGAAAAGACUGACCAAAGCCAACAGACGACACCUACAACCCCUCCAAAUGAUCCCGACAGUCCAAAUAGUCAACGCUACAUCUUAGAGACCAUAACUAUGACAACCGUAACGGAACAGCGUAUCCUUCGAGAAGUCGAAGACGAAAGGAAAACUCCAACUCUGAGCGUAGCUCCAGGUGGUUCUCCCAUCAACGGCAUCCUGAAAGGCGGCAAACUAUGGAAGCAGCAAAGUGUCGAAAUGAGCGUUAGCAAACCCCCUGAGCCUCAGCAGACGACUGAAUCAAGCGUUGCCUCCGAUGAAGAGGGUAGCAGUCGUCGGUCGGUUCGUUUCAUAGAAUCCGAGCAAAAUAAACGUGACAGCUGUGAUGGAGCCCCAGAUAAUUCGACCGAUGAAAAUACCAAGACGGAGAACAGUAAUAGCCAACCUAAACAAAGCGAAAAUUGUAACAGUUCCGUAUCCCCCGAAUCGACGGAAAUGAUGUUGACAUUCAAACUGGGUAAUCAUGUGUUGAUUUCCAACAAUAGUCUGAAGCCGAAUUCGGCUGUGCGGCAGCUUUUCCCUUGCACUAAACAGCUGAACGGUAAAGCGGAGGACGAAUCUAUACACCAGUAUUUGGUAACUGCGGAGUCACUGCGAGCAUUUGAAGAAGCCAAGCGUUCUAAACUACCACAAAUCAUUCAAAGCGGGGAAACUGAUGAGUCUAUUAAACGAGCUAUUGAACGCAACACCCUCAGGCGUUCUCUUAUACGCUACGAACCGAGGAGCAAGAAGAAUGUGCAAAAGACUGACAACUCCCUUGUUGAAAGGAUCAAACAAUUAACUUGCGAUGUGGACGAUAUUAAUCAGACCGAGGAAAUACCGUUUCGGGCGAGCCCGCCUGGAGAGGAGGCAAGGAACUCACCUGAAGUAAAUCAGUCCAUUUGUAAAAAUUCGGACAAAAGCUUUUCACCGUCGUCCUCAUCAACGGCUAGUUCGAAUUCGUCAUCGAUGUCUUCCACUUAUAAAAAAAUCACGGACCUGUUUGGAAAACGAGAGAAAAUGACUGACGCACAAACAAAUAUUCCGAACGAACCCAAGCUCACUCCUUUACCAGAUUUAGGAAACGGAAGUUCCCACAUCCACGAAGUUGCAGAGGCUAGUCAUAAUAUAGUGUCUAAAACAAAUUCUACGAACGAACCGAGAAAACAGUUUCUUUCGACGUUGGCACCGCUCACAGCGUGCGUCAGUAGUUUAGGAAAUGCCGAUGAGUAUUAUUAUCAAAUGAAUAAUCAUGUUGGCGAAAGAUCAUCUGUCGCCAGUUCAGUAGGAACUGAAUACAGUCUGGAAGACAUUGAUGAAGGACUGAAAAACCUGGAUGAAGAGUCGAAGAAAAUUGCGCCCGAUGUUUUAGCUGGAACACCGUCUGCGUCUGAGUCUGGGGACGAAUUAGCCAUGUUUGUUCAACAGGAUGCAAGUAGAAUCGAGCGAAUCAAGAAAAAAUAUCUCCCGGAGCAGCCAAACAGAGAAGACGAUGAUGAUGAACAUGAUGAUUAUGGGUUUAACAGGAGACCCAGUGUCCGCGGAAUUAAACCACGAUUCGGGUCGACUACUGAAAUUUUGCAGCAAAUUCAAAAUCAACUGCAACCUCCAGCUCCAACUGCCAGAGUCGCAUGGCCUUAUUAUUCAGAAAGUGGUCUGACAGGUGUUGACAAUUCCAAAUCUAGAAAUAUAAAUCAGAACAUGCCAAAUUAUCAGUAUCCUAAUGUACCUGAAGAAGUGAAGACUCGGAACAUACCGCCACAAUAUCGACCUACAUCACUGCAAGACGAGAAUAUUUACCAAAAUUGUACAAAUCAAAGAUGUGUGAGAGAAGUGUACAGAGCUAACGGUAAUCAGACCUACUCUUCUUUUAUGAAAGUCGGAAGUACUUGUACGGAAUACUAUCAGUCUUUACCUAGAACGCGUAAUGGGAGACCACAAUCGCCUCCACCUUUAGAAUUAUCUAAAAAUUAUCAUCAAACAAUGGUUUAUAUUCCAUAUAACCACAUUGAGGGGUAUCAACACAACCCCUACUAUCAGUCGAAUGACUACGUCAGGGUUUCAAAUCAAAACCAAAUCAAUAAGAGAUAUAUUGAACCUGUCUAUCAACAGAGAAUUCAUUCAUCUCAUGUAGAUGAGCAUCAUUAUGCCUCUAAUAUGUUACCUCCUAUACCUCUGAAACCUAUCGUUCGGAUCCCCUUAUCUCAACAGCCUCACUUAAUGACUUCCCGAAGUGAAUCUCCUGUACCGGGCCAAUUUUCCACAGCUCGAUCAACGCAAACCCCUCUGGCGACAGCAUCGACUUGUAGCUAUUAUGCGGCAAAUCCUAGGUACAGACCAAUGGUUGGUCCUGCCUGGCCGACCGAUUGUAAUUAUGUGGCGAAAGUGAAUAGGCAUAGUUUUCCUGCAGCAGUUCCUCGAUAUCCUCCACCUGAUAGUAUCUCGUUGACAGACAGUGAUAGUCAGCACAGUGGACAAAUGCCAAACGGUUAUCGGCAAAGUAUGGACGUAUCUUUUACUCAGAAGGAUUCUCUUCCGAACUCCCCAACGAAACCCCGAUUCCUCGAAAGAGGCGUACCUGAAGGUGCUGCGGCUAGUGCUCCUUCUUUAGAUACAACAAAUUCUCAGAGUUCAAGUAGUACCAUGACUUCACCAACUUCUCCUCAGAAUCCCCCCCAUCCUAACCAAAAACCAUUGUUUUAUGCAAUGAACGUUUGACCAGAUGAAUAGGUACAUGUGAAAGUUAACAUUUGUUUUUUCAAUGCAUCACCUAAAUCUAAGGGAAACGUUUGCUGAGAAGGUAGUUUCAAUGACGAUGAGAAGUUAGUUAGCUUUUAUUACGGAGGUGAGACAAAACUGCUUUAAAUGAAAGCAUUAUCGACAUAAAGAAGACUUUAAAAUGUAGGUUAUAAUAACCGUAAAGGCAGAAUAUUUACAGUAUUUCAAAUUAAGUGUAGGCAUGUUGUUUAAAUGUCACAGUAACGAAUCUUUAAGGUAAUAAUUGUAGCAAAAUAUUAUCAUGUAAUCUAUUAUAAUGAAUCUAAGAAAUUAAUAUACAAAUAGUUUGUAAUUGCAUAAUCGAACAUUUUCGGAAAUCGUAUUAACGAAUUUUUUCAGAAUGUUAUUGCUACAAUUUUUAAAAAUAGAUUUGUUAUGUUUCAUUUAGAUCGAUUCAGUAUUGAAUAGAGUAACAACUAGAAAGUUGUUACGAGAAAAUAGAAGUUGUAUGUUUUUAUUUAAUGUUACAUCAAAUGUAUAGAUUAGUAGUCAUUGUUGCCAAAAAUGAGAUUCCAUUACCAAAGUAUUAUAGGUACCUAGAUAAGUGUUAUUGACCAAAUAAUUAAUAUAUUUUAACUCAUGCUUUCAAAAAGGCUCUUUGUCCAGUUUUUUAGUUAGACUUACUUACCUCAACAAUGUGUGAUUCAAAAUUUGACAAAGUUGCUUUGAAGUACUUGAAAGUAAUGUAGCUUUAAUGUAUUGAUUAAAAUAUUUAUUAAAUUGUUUACUAAAAUACUUUUGAUAAUAAGGAAAUUAUAAUAUUUAUUUAUUAAUAAAAAAGUGAGAUAAAAGUGUAAACGGUCUAAUAUAAUUUUGUAAUUUAUUAGAUAUUCUAUGUACAAAAUGAUCCUUUUAACUUAAUAUUGCUCAUAAACAAGAUAUACACUGAGAGGUUGGAAUUGGUUUUUGUAAAAAUAAGAAAGUUAAAAAGAGUAUAUUAUUUUGUUAAUGUUUUUACGUUGUAUUGAUUUUCUAAUAUUUUAUAUCAGCAUUGUUUCUAACGAUUGUCAUUAUAUUUGCCCAUCAUCUGACAUGUGUA